CUCACCACAGCAGCUUUUCUCUUAUACUGGAAGGGUGUCUCUUGCUACAAUGUCAAACUAUUCUAUAAAACAGUCAGCUAAGAAUAACUAUUCCAGCUCAAGUUCUGGAGGAUUUAGGGGUGGUCAUGGUGGAAAUGAAUAUUUUUGCGGUGUAGGAGGCGAGGGUGACUUUGGUGGUAUGGGUGGCUUUGGAGCUUGUGGUGCAGGCUAUGGUGGUGGUGCAGGCUAUGGUGGUGGUGCUGGUGGUGCAGGCUAUGGUGGUGGUGCUGGUGGUGGUGGUGCAGGCUAUGGCGGUGGUUUUGGUGGUGGUUCUGGUGCAGGCUAUGGUGGUGGUUUUGGAGGUGGUGCAGGUGGAGGCUAUGGUGGUGGUUUUGGUGGUGGCUUCGGUGGUGGUGCAGGUGGAAUGGACAUCUUCUCUACCAAUGAAAAGCAAACCAUGCAGAAUCUCAAUGACCGCUUGGCUUCCUACCUGGACAAAGUCCAUGCACUGGAGACAGCAAAUACUGAACUUGAACGCAAGAUUAAGGAGUGGUAUGAAAAGCAACGGCCAGGGAGCUCAAGUGGAGAUGGGGCAAAGGACUACUCCAAAUAUUAUACUAUGAUUAAUGACCUAAAAAAUCAGAUCAUUGCAGCAUCCAUAGAAAAUGCAAAAUUUCUUCUGCAGAAUGACAAUGCCAGGCUGGCCGCUGAUGACUUUAAAAUGAAAUUUGAAAAUGAACAGUACAUGCGGCAGACAGUGGAGGCUGAUAUCAAUGGUCUGCGUAGAGUCAUGGAUGAUCUUACCCUGUCCAAGUCUGACUUGGAAUCUCAGCUUGAGAGUCUCAGCGAGGAACUGGCCUAUCUUAAGAAGAAUCAUGAAGACGAACUUAAAGGCAUGCAAGUGACCCAGGUUGGUCAAGUUAAUGUAGAAAUGAAUGCUGCACCAAGUUCUGACUUGACCAAAAUACUCAAUGAUAUGAGGAGUCAGUAUGAAGAUCUAGCCAAGAGGAACCGUGCAGCAGCAGAGGAACAAUUCAACAGAAUGAGUACUGACCUGAAAAAUACACUUUCCCAAGGGAUUGAACAACAGAAGGAGAGUAAGUCGGAAUUGACAGAACUCAAAAGAACACUCCAAUCUCUGGAAAUUGAACUUCAGUCACAGCUUGCCAUGAAAAAAUCUCUGGAGAUGACACUGGCUGAAGUGGAGGGCUCUUUCUGUAUGAAGCUGUCCCGUUUACAGGAGAUGAUUGUCAACGUAGAGGAGCAGAUAGCACGACUCAAAGGAGAGUCAGAGUGCCAGACUGCAGAGUACCAACAGCUCUUGGACAUCAAGACAAGGCUGGAGAAUGAAAUUGAGACAUAUCGCAGGCUCCUGGAUGGAGAUUCAACGAGAACUGUAAAAAGGAGGGAAAUUAUUGAAGAGGUCGUGGAUGGAAAAGUUGUGUCAACCAAGGUCGUAGAUAUGUAAAGAGAAGGUGCAGAACAAGUGCACGCUUGUUACUAUUAUAAAUGCUUAUUAAAUUCUCCAGGGAAGGAAAUGCCAAAACCUUAAUCUGCUUGUAGCCAUACUUAUAUUCUUAGUUGCAUAGUUAUUUUGCAUUCUUCUUGUUGUAUCAUCCACACAAUAAACAUUUUUCUGAUGCAAGCUAU